ACGCUAACCGAUGACGUCACAUUUCGGUGCAGGCAGUGACCUUGCCAAGAUGUCUGCCCCCACGGGUUAAGGGGAAAUAUACUGUUUUAAAUUUUCUUCGCUUCAGGAUCAGUAUUUUUAAUGUUUAAGAUGGCUUUGGGGUAAAAAUCUUUUUUCUUAAAAUCCCCAAGAUGUUAGGAAGAGUUUGGAACUUCAUCAAACGACACAAGAAGAAAUUCAUCUUCACUAGUGUUGUUAUCGGAGGUGGGGUUUUUAUUUGGAAGUAUGCCCAGUCUAAACUGGAAGAACUUCAGGAGAAAGAGGCUGCUGAAUGCUUGUCAUAUGCCAGAAAACAGCAUCAUUUUGAUAGCAACCAAAGAACAUGCAAUAUGACAGUUUUGUCCAUGCUGCCAAAGCUGAGAGAAACACUGAUGCAAGCUUUAGAUUCAGAAGCACUGACAGCCCAGCUGAAAUCAAAACCCUCUAACAAGGUCCAGAUAUGGGAGGAGUUAAAAAUACUAAGCUUCACCAGAACUAUGAUGUCUGUGUACAUGAGUGCCAUGAUGAUUGUGUUUCUACGUGUCCAGCUCAACAUCAUCGGGGGAUACAUGUACCUGGAUAAUAUUCACGACAGAAAUGGCACUAACAAGCAACUUGCUGUUGCCACUCAAAGUGUUCAACACAAAUAUUUGGAGAAAGUCCAUUUUCUAACAGGUCCAGGUUUGAUGAGUUUGACAGCAGUUGUGAAGAAAGCAGUACAAAGCUGCAUCGGCAGCAUUCCUUUCAAGCAGACACUGACAUUGGUGAAUAUAGAGGAGAUAUUCAGACAAGUUCGUCAAGCUGUGGAGCAGGGGUCACAGAAUGGCUUCCAGGGUUGUUCAGUGCUGUGUCAGUUUAUUUUACCACAAGACUGUGAUAUUGGAGAAGCAUGUAGCUUGAAUGGCGAAGAGAUUAUUCUGGCCAAAUUGAUGAAAGAGACGCAGGAUAUUGUAGAUGGUAAAGACUUCCAAUUGGUCCUUGACAAGUGUUUGGAAACAGGGUUUUCUAGGCUUGUUGACAGGAUAGCAGAGUUUUUUCAACAGGACCCAAAAUCUGGAGAGUCAGUCGUAAAUCCAAACUUGGUUGGGAUGCCUCUGGCCAAAAUAGUGCCAAUAAUGAAUGGGAUGAUUCACACUGUUUGUGCAGAUGUUCCAAACACUUUUGUACAGGAGUUGCUGAUGCUGGAGCCAGUGAAGGACUUUGCUGCCAAUGUUUAUGAGGCAUUCACUCAGUCAACAGAUGCCAGCACUGAUGCUUCUGCUCAGAAUGUGGAUGUUCAGUAGCUGAACAGACUCAUUUAUUGAAAGGAUCGUGUCCUGGGGCAAAGUAACUUAAGACUGUUGCUCAGUUCAGUUACGUAGUUUGCUGAUUCGAGAAUUUAUUCACUGCACUUUCCAUAUCAUUUUAUAAUCACAAAAUAGGAUUAAACAUUUGGAUCAUGACAUCAUGAAUAAUUUUAUAUAAUGAGAAGGGGAGUUAAAACCUUCUGUUCUUGUGACCUAUUUUUAACAAACCAUGAUGUAAUGAUUAAUUUGAAUAAAUAAAUCUGACAAUCAA